ACCUGAAGAUCUUCAGCGGAUUCUGCGAAAUGACGAUUGCUCAAAUUACUGCCAUCAUUACAACUAUAUUGAUCGCGGCAUCUGUGAAUGCUGGAUAUGUCACACCAUCAAUACCGCAUAAGGGAUAUGGCCAUAGCCCUAUCGUUUAUAUUGCAAACGAAGAUGAAAUAGAUUAUUAUGCACAUCCAAAAUACGUUUACAACUAUGGUGUAUCAGAUUUCCUGACCGGAGACAACAAAGCUCACGUCGAAGUUCGCGACGGUGACGUGGUGAAAGGUUCGUACUCAGUGGCGGAACCCGACGGGUCGAUCAGGGUGGUGUCUUAUACUUCCGAUGAUGUCAACGGUUUCAACGCGGUGGUUAAAAAAAUAGGACCGUCUUAUCAUCCGGCAACACCGAAAGUCGUCGGUUACACGCACAACCACUAUUAGACUAUCAUUUUAACAAAUAGAAGCUAACCUAUGUUAGACUAAUUAGAAGCAAUAAUUAGGAUAUUUAGUAUUUAUUUGUAUAGUAUAUAGAAUAGUAUUUAUUUCAAUAACUUCUUGAAGUUCUUAUCAUGUGGAUAUAGAUCAUAA